AGUCAGGCCCAGCACACAGAGAGGCAGAUAAAGGCAGAGUUUGAGAAGCUCCACCAGUUCCUACGAGAGGAAGAGGAGGCCAGACUAGCUACUCUAAGGGAGGAAGAGGAGCAGAAGAGUCGGAUAAUGAAGGAGAAGAUAGAAAACAUCACAGGAUACAUCUCCACUCUUACAGACAAAAUCACAGCUACAGAGAAGGCCAUGGACACUGAAGAUACCUCCUUUUUACAGAGCUACAAGAACAUCAAGGAAAGAGCCCAGUGCACACUGCAGGACCCAGAGCUGCUCUCAGGGGCACUGCUUGAUGUGGCCAAACACCUGGGCAACCUGAAGUUCAGAGUCUGGGAGAAGAUGCUGGAGAUGGUGCAGUACACUCCUGUGGUGCUGGACCCCAAUACUGUGCGUGCCACUCUCUCUCUCUCUGAUGAUCUGACCACUGUGAGACACACAGGUACAAAGCAGAAAUGUCCUGACAACCCAGAGAGGUUUAACUCCUGUGUGAGUGUGCUGGGACAUGAGGGGUUUACCUCAGGGAAACACAGCUGGGAGGUGAAGGUUGGGAAUAAACUUGAGUGGGAUAUAGGAGUGGUGAAUGAGUCCAUCAGCAGGAAGGGAAGGAUAACAUACAGCCCAGAGAGUGGAUUCUGGGUCUUACUGCUGAGGAAUGGUGAUGAAUACUGGGCAUCUGGAGCUGCUAACCUCACACUGAAGAGGAAACCCCAGAGCAUCAGAGUGCAGCUGGACUAUGACAGGGGGGAGAUGUCCUUCUUCAACUCCAGUGACAUGUCAGUCAUCUACACUUUUACAGACACAUUUACUGAGAGAGUGUUUCCAUACUUCUCUCCAUAUUUGAAAGGAGAUAAGAAUGACAGACCCCUGCAAAUAUGCACAAUGACAGUUUCUAUAAAAGUGACGUCAAACCAGUGACGGUAUUUGUUUUAAAAAAAUAGAUGGUGUACUUUUAAGGAAUGUUUGUUGUUUCUAAUCUGCUUCAGCAUACCUUACCUGGUUGCUGACUUGGGUACUCUGGAGUUGACUUGCUGGAGAUGUGAAUUGACCAAAGGGAGCUGGUUGAUGGCCUACCAAAACCAAAUGGAAGGCAGGCACACACAGAGCAAUAACAGUGGCCAUUUGGUGAAUGUAAUCAGCCUCAGUAUGCAUGAAUACUGAUUUGUGACAGACCAGAGGAAGUGCAAAGGUGGAUGUUUUAGUAGUCAGUCAGAAGAGAGCAGACAUGCAUACAGAGGUAACAGUUACCAUUUGGUUUCCUGCAACCUCAUUUCUAGAUUUUGUUCUGGAAAAGGGGUACAAAGCUGGUGCUUGAACAACACUGUAUUGUAACUUACCUGCGUUGCUUUUACCUUGUUCUUUCAUGCUGUAGAGGAUACUCUUUUUGCUUGUUAAUAUAAAUUGGUAUUGAUCUAAACUUUUGAACUGCAAAUAUUACUUCAUACGUAAAGGGUACUGUAGAGGAAAUUCAUUUAAUAAUAAUGAUGAAUUAAUUUAGUAUGUUUUGGGUUUUGCUUUGAUCUGAAUCACAAGACAAAACAUUUCAUGUAAUGUUUAUACAUAAAUCAAAUGUGCUUUUUAUCAGUUUUUAUUCGUUUUCCAUUGUAAUUGAAAAAAAAUAAAUUGGUGUACAAUCAGUCUUGGUAACAUAAAAACAGAUAAAUAAAAAACAUUAAAAUAAACUUUAAAAAAAAUUACAGAUGCACUCUUCUGGUUAAAUCAAAUUAUUUUAUAUAUGAUCGAUUUCAUUCUUUGCUAUAUGGGUUUAUAUUGCAGUGUACAAGCUUGAAAUGCAUCAUGAGAUCUUGUUAGUUUUAUACUAUCAGUCUCCUGUGCUCUUUCCUGGUUUUAGUUUGCAGAUGUAAUGAAUAAUCCGUUCAGCUGUUCAUGUUUUGGGUUUUGUUUUUAUCUAGAUCAUAGGACUAAACAUUUCAUAUAAUGUAUAUACAUAAAGCAGAUGUGCUGUUUUUAUCAGAUUUUAUUCAUUUUUCCAUUGCAUUUGAAAAAACAAGUUGGUGUACAAUCAGUCCUGAUAUUAUAAAAAACACAUGUAAAAUAAAAUUUAAAAACAAAUUUAACAAAAAAAUGCAGAUGCACUCUUCUGGCUAAAUCAAAUAUCUGAUUGAUUUAAUUCCUGGGUGGAUAAGGCAGUGUACAAGCUUGAAAUGUUUGCGUAUCAUGAGCUCUAGUCAGAUUGAUUGCAUCAGUCUCCUGUGCUCUUUCCUGGUUUUAGUUUGCAGAUGUAGUGAAUAAUCAGUUCAGCCAGUCAGCUCCACGCUGUAGGAUUUACACCUGAGCCUUCAGUAGCCUCACCUGCACACCUGCCAUUGGUCUCUCAUUCCCUUUCAUUGACUGACAAUUAUUACAUGACAGAUACUGUUUUAGAAUAGCCAACCGUACUUACAUAAAUGCUUUACACAGUUUAACUGAUUUUACACAAUGAUUUUUUUUACAAGGCAAUACCAAUAAAAAUAUGUAUUAAAACA